AUGGCUUUAGUUAGAAAAUAUGGGAAACCGGACAUAUUCCUCACGAUGACAUGCAAUCCCAACUGGGAAGAGAUCACAAAUGAACUUGAGUUUGGUCAAACACCACAAGAUCGCCCUGAUCUUGUUGUUCGUGUUUUCAGAGCAAAACUAGAAGAAAUGAAAAAGGAGUUGUUAGAAGAGCACAUCCUAGGCAAGACCCAAGGCAAGUUUUGGCAACAGAGGAAAAGGAAAACGUUGUACCAGGUUGGGAGAAUCGUCUCAGCACAUCCAGCCGAAGGAGAAAGAUACUAUCUUCGAGUUCUCCUGAACCAUGUGAAAGGCGCAACCUGCUACGAAGACCUACGAACAGUUGAUGCAAAAAUAUUGCCAUCAUUUCGUGAAGCUGCAGAGAGAAGGGGCCUCAUUGAGGCAGACAACACGUUAGAUGAUUGCCUGACGGAAGCAGAGUUAUUUCGGAUGCCAUCCUCACUGCGAAGGCUAUUUGCAACGAUUCUUGUGUUUUGUGAGCCCCAUGAUAUCCGUGCACUAUGGAACAAUCACAUCGAGGCAAUGUCGGAAGACUAUCGACGAAACUGCAAAAAUGCAAGAACGGUCGAACAGAUGGUAUUAAUCAACAUUAGAGAAAUGUUGCAAUCGAUGGGAAAAGACAUACGAUCAUUUCCUCUUCCAGAGAUCGACGAGCAAAAUGACACAAAAGACAAUACACCUAGGGAGAUCACCGAGGAAGCCAACAUCGAGGUGGACCCUGAGGACAUGGAAUUGCCUAAACACCUAAAUGACGAGCAAAAGGCCGCCUACAAUGAAAUUCUAACAGCAAUUGAUAGAGAUGAAGGAGGGCUAUUCUUCGUAGAUGGACCGGGAGGAAUGGGGAAAACUUUUCUAUACAGGGCAUUGCUUGCAACAGUCCGUGGACAAGGAAAAAUAGCUUUAGCAACAGCAACCUCUGGUGUCGCUGCUUCCAUAAUGCCCGGAGGAAGGACAGCGCACUCAAGGUUCAAAAUACCACUAAGGAUAGAUGAUGGGGCUAUUUGUUCAUUCACAAAACAAAGUGGGACAGCCAAGCUACUUCAGGCAGCAUCGCUAAUCAUUUGGGAUGAAGCAUCGAUGACUAAGAGGCAGGCAAUAGAGGCACUGGACAAAAGCAUGCGUGACAUAAUGGAUGUACCAAAUCUUCCAUUCGGUGGGAAAAUAGUGGUAUUUGGGGGAGAUUUUAGACAAGUUCUGCCGGUUGUACGAAAGGGUACAAGAUCACAAAUAGUAGAUGCCUCACUACGCAGAUCUGAACUCUGGAAUUGCAUGCGUCACAUGAAGCUUGUGCACAACAUGAGGGCUCAAAAUGACCCAUGGUUUGCAGAAUACCUAUUGCGCAUCGGCAAUGGCACUGAGGAGACAAACGAUAAAGGCGAGAUACGUCUGCCCAAAAAUAUAUGUAUUCCACGCACAAUGGAUGAUUCCGGACUUGAUAAACUCAUCGACAGCGUCUACCAAAUGAACAGCGCUUGCCUGGAGGAUCCAAAUUACAUCACAUCAAGAGCCAUUUUAUCCACGCGUAAUGACUGUGUAGACCGCAUAAAUCUGAAAAUGAUUGAACGAUUCCAAGGAGAAGAGAUGGUCUAUCACAGCUUCGAUAGUGUAGAAGAUGACCCACAUAACUACUAUCCCCCGGAAUUCCUAAACACACUAACCCCAAAUGGACUACCACCACAUAUGCUGAAGCUCAAGAUUAACUGUCCAAUAAUACUACUCAGAAAUAUCGACCCAGCUAAUGGACUAUGCAAUGGCACAAGAUUGGUGGUACGAGGAUUCCAGAAAAAUGCAAUCGAUGCAGAGAUUGUACUAGGACAACAUUAUGGGACACGAGUUUUCUUGCCACGAAUCCCGCUGUGCCCCUCUGAUGAUAAGAUGUUCCCAUUCUGUUUCAAGAGGAAACAAUUUCCUAGCAACAACAGCCAAGAACAUAAAGAUACUAACAGCUGA